CAGGAGGCUGGAGGGCAGCCCCUUCAUGAUGAAGCCCUGCCCCCAUGUGGCUGAGGGCGGGGUCAGGGGCCAAAGGAGACCCUUGUCUGAUUCUGUGGGCAGUACGAGGCACUGGUCACUGGGUCCGGAGUCCCAGGUCAACCUGGGGGGUGUCAGUGUGGUGACAACAGGAGAUGCCGUCUGCCCCUCACCUGCUUUGAGCCAGGAUCCUCAGCCACCUGUGUUUGCUCCUUAUCUGGAAAAGGGGGUGCUGCCCUCCCACCCCAGCCUGAAGGGAAGGUCCACAAGAUGCCAUAGCCCCUUGCAACUGCUCACCCAUGGGGGGGCCAUGCCUGGAAGAGGGACCAGGAGAGGGCUGAAGAGCUCUGCCAAAGCCCCAUUGUUGACUGGGAGUUUCUGAAGGCCCCUGUUCCCCGGGGUCAGAGGUCAGAGACACACCAGAGAGCAAACCGGCUGGCCCCUUGGCUCCUGAGUAUGAGUCCUAGUGGCAUCUGGGAGGCUUGCUGCACAGUUCCCAGUCCUCCUUGUGUGUGCGCAGGAUGGCCCUGGCUGGGGUUUUCUGGCUGGAAGACCCCCCACCCAUUACCCCUGGAACUUGCCCCUUUGGGCACCCCCCCACCCCACAACACACACACACACCACACACACACCCACACACCACACACACAACACACACACACCACACACACACCCCCCCCACACACACCACACACAAACACACACAACACACAGACACAGACACACACACAGCACAGAGGAAAGUGCUGUGCCUGGGUGGGUUGGGGCGGGCCCCAGAGGAAGGAGCCGCUUGACUCAGAGCUACAGGAAGAGCCGGGGCAGGCGGGGUGAGAACCACCAACUGCCCGUCCUCCCGCCCGCCUAGGGAAGGGGUGGGUGCCUGGGUGGGGUUUAGGUUUAGGAGAGGAUGUGACUGCAAGGCCAGGAAGCUACAGGGAAAGUUCUGAUUAAAAUACACAUAAACACAAGCCAGGUCCCCACCGCACUUGGUGAUGCACCCAGAGCAGCCUUGGUGCUGUGGACACUCCCUGGGACCCAGUGGAGGGGAGAGUUUGCUCCCAAAGGCACAUCAAUGACCAACAUUUGCCCCCCGGAGGAAAGAACGGGAACCAGCCUCUGACCCGUCCAGGUGCCCUGUCCAGCUGACUGCAAGGACAGAGAGGAGUCCUGCCCAGCUCUUGGAUCAGUCUGCUCGGCCGAGGAGCCCAGUGGAGCCAGGGGUGACCCUGGAGCCCAGCCUGCCCCGAGGAGGCCCUGGCUCAGAGCCAUGCCAGGUGUUUGUGAUAGGGCCCCUGACUUCCUCUCCCCGUCUGAAGACCAGGUGCUGAGGCCUGCCUUGGGCAGCUCAGUGGCUCUGAACUGCACAGCUUGGGUAGUCUCUGGGCCCCACUGCUCCCUGCCUUCAGUCCAGUGGCUGAAAGAUGGGCUUCCAUUGGGAAAUGGGGACCACUACAGCCUCCACGAGUACUCCUGGGUCAAGGCCAACUUGUCAGAGGUGCUUGUGUCCAGCGUCCUGGGGGUAAACAUGACCAGCGCUGAGGUCUACGGGGCCUUCACCUGCUCCAUCCAGAACGUCAGCUCCUCCUCUGUCACUCUUCAGAGAGCUGGUGAUGGUGGUUCCCCAGGCCCUACAAGCCACGUGGCUGCGGUGCUGGCCUCCCUCCUGGUCCUGCUGGCCCUGCUGCUGGCUGCCCUGCUCUACAUCAAGUGCCGUCUCAACGUGCUGCUCUGGUACCAGGACGCGUAUGGGGAGGUGGAGAUGAACGACGGGAAGCUCUACGACGCCUACGUCUCCUACAGCGACUGCCCAGAGGACCGCAAGUUCGUGAACUUCAUCCUGAAGCCGCAGCUGGAGCGGCGUCGGGGCUACAAGCUCUUCCUGGACGACCGCGACCUCCUGCCGCGCGCUGAGCCCUCCGCCGACCUCCUGGUGAACCUGAGCCGCUGCCGCCGCCUCAUCGUGGUGCUUUCGGACGCCUUCCUGAGCCGGGCCUGGUGCAGCCACAGCUUCCGGGAGGGCCUGUGCCGGCUGCUGGAGCUCACCCGCAGACCCAUCUUCAUCACCUUCGAGGGCCAGAGGCGCGACCCCGCGCACCCGGCGCUCCGCCUGCUGCGCCAACACCGCCACCUGGUGACCUUGCUGCUCUGGAGGCCCGGCUCCGUGACUCCUUCUUCCGAGUUUUGGAAAGAACUACAGCUGGCGCUGCCGCGGAAGGUGCAUUACAGGCCGGUGGAAGGAGACCCUCAGACGCAGCUCCAGGACGACAAGGACCCCAUGCUGAUUCUUCGAGGCCGAGUCCCGGAGGGCCGGGCCCUGGACUCAGAGGUGGACCCGGACCCUGAGGGAGACCUAGGUGUCCGAGGGCCUGUCUUUGGAGAGCCAUCAGCUCCACCGCACACGAGUGGGGUCUCGCUGGGAGAAGGCCGGAGCAGUGAAGUGGACGUCUCGGACCUCGGCUCGCGAAACUACAGUGCCCGCACAGACUUCUACUGCCUGGUGUCCAAGGAUGAUAUGUAGCUCCCACCCCAGAGUGCAGGAUCAUAGGGACAGCGGGGGCCAGGGCUGGGGGAUCUCUCCUCUGCUCAGCAGGACCACAACCCCUGCCAGCAGCCCUGGGACCCUGGGGAAAAGGCUGUGGCCUCAGGGGUACCUGCCAGUGCCAGAAAAUAAAGUCCUUUUGGAUUCUG